AUGUCCUGCGAAUUCUCCUCAUUACCAGAACCAGCAGUGGUGACUUGGCUCCACAAAGCGCCAAAUUCGAUCAGUUGGGUCGACUUUGCCUGCUCCAAUAAGGAUGAAACGAAACAGUGCAGGGAAACCGAACAUCGAGUCAGAUCGAGAUGUCUGUUACGAACGAAUUCUCUAACUAUGACUGGAGCCUAUCGCUGUCAAGCGACUACUUCUGAGCAGAAAAACAAGGCAAUCAGCUCUGAGUUCAACAUCAAUGUGGUCGGAAUUGAGAAAAUCUCGACCAUUCACCAUCAUUUGCCCUUUGGCCAGCUUGGCCAUAUUGAAGUUGAGGUGAGUAUGGUGUAA